AUGGAUGAGGACUACUCGACUGGUUCCGCGGAUGCCGACCGCGAGAUGACCAGACUCUGGCGUACAUGGAGAACGGUUUUCGAGAUGCUGCAGGACCGGGGCUACGAAGUCACCGAAGAAGAAGUUCAGAUCCCUCUCCAUGAGUUCAAAUCCAAAUAUUCCGACCCUCUAGGAUAUCCUGAUCGCAACAAGAUGAAAGUCAGCGCUCGUCCCACCGAAGCUAUGCAGGCCAAAUACACACCGCUACCUAGCAAAUCGAACCCCGACCCUCAACCCGACUGCGGGACUGUCUAUGUUGAAUUCUGUCCCGACGCCUCCGGUGUGGGUACCAAGCAGGUCCGCGCAUUCAACCACUUUGUCGACGAAAACAACUUCCACACCGGAGUUUUCAUCACCCAGACCCCAAUCUCCCCCUCCGCCGUGCGCCUGCUGAGCGGUAUCCCAGGCCGCAUCUGCGAACACUUCCAGGAACAAGAUUUGCUGGUCAACAUUACUCGCCACGAACUCGUCCCGAAGCACGUUUUGUUGAGCCCGGAGGAGAAGGCCAAAUUGCUGGAACGGUACCGUUUGAAAGAAUCGCAGUUGCCGCGUAUGCAGGUUUCGGACCCUGUGGCGCGAUACCUCGGUUUGCGACGGGGUCAAGUUGUCAAAAUCAUUCGGAAGAGUGAAACGGCAGGACGGUACGCCAGUUACCGCUGGGUCAUCUAA